AUGUCACGAAGUUCUUCUGAGGAAAGAAUAAAGGCUCCGAAAUGCCCAUUCGAGGUGUACAGGUCCGAAGGUGAUGCAUUUCUGAUAAAGAAAAAGUACUCUAAGGCCAUCAUGGCUUACAAUCAGGCAUUGGAUAGGAAAGAAAAUGAUAGACAUUGUCUGCUGAGGAGAGCUUCAUGCUAUCUUGCACUUGGAAAUAUAAGCAUGGCACUGAGUGACACGGACAUUGCGCUCGCAGAGGAUCCAAGUUAUUAUAAGACACUUUAUAUCAAAGCUCAAAUUCUGUAUUAUAAAGGAGACUUUGAGCAUGCAUUAAUGUACUUUCACCGUGGACAGCAGCAAAGGCCUGAGUUACAAAUGUUCCGACUUGGUAUUCAAAAAUCUGAAGAAGCUAUUGAAAAUUCAUUGACAGAUCAUAAGAAGAUUAAAAUCGGAAGUGAGGGGGCGAAAGGUUUUUCUAAACAAAUGGAUGAUAAAGCAAAAUCACGCCAAGCAGCUCAAAAGGCAAGGAAAGGUACUACUGACACUACUACUGCAGAUGGAGACCAAAGUAGUCCAAAUAUUCCUGUCAGUUUAAUUCCAAAACAUAUGUCCAAAGUUAUGUUUGGUCCAUUAUAUACAGAUCACGAAUAUCUAGAGGAACUGUUAAGGCAAGAAGCUACACAGAAGUGGAAAACAACACAUUCAGAAGAAGUACGCAGUUUAGCCCGCAGCGGUAUCACCUAUUUAGAUCAACGAUCUAAGUUCUGGCAUCAAGAAAAGCCUGUAUAUGCACGAACAAAAGUGAAAAAAAUAAAAUUGCCUACAAAAUCUCAGCAAACCAAAAAGCAGAAAUGUGCUGAAGUCAACAAAAUUCUAGAUAAACUUCACCGCAUUGACAAGUUCCAAUGCAAAAAUGAACACCGAUUAGCAGUUAAAACUGCUGAAAAUCUAUUGCAUGAAGUUAAAACAUUCGAUGCAUCACAGAUUCCAAAUUAUCAUGAAAUUCUGGCCAAUAUCAAUUCUAUGCUUGGCUUAUCUCAAUUAGAAUUAGGCAAUUAUGAAGAAGCAUUGAAAGCUCAUCAAACAGCCUAUGACCUUGGACAGAAAAGUAAUUUACCAGAAAUUAUAGCACAUACAAUGGAUAAUAUGGGACGCAUUUACGCUAAAAAAGGAGAUUAUGAUUCAGCUAUAAAGAUUUGGGAAGAAAAACUUGAAAAAUGUACAGAUGAAUUAGACAGAGUAUGGCUUUGCUAUGAAUUAGGUCGAUGUUAUUUGGAACUACAAAAUCCACAGAAAUCCUCUGAAUAUGGUAUGAAGGCAAUGGGUAUAGCAAGUGCAAUGAAUGAUAAACCUUGGCAAUUAAAUAUCAAUGUUUUAAUUGGACAAUCAAAUUUACAGUUGAAGAAACGUUCUGAAGCUCAGAAUGCUUUUACUAAAGCAUAUGAAUUAGCUAAAGAACUUAAAGCUGAUGAUGCGGAAAAAGCUAUUCUGGAAGUCAUAGAUGAGCUACAAAGUACUGAGCGUGAAAUGGACACAGAUGCAUUCAGUGAUACAGAAGAGAACAUACGAUCAGAAGAUUCACCAGUUUCAAGAAGUAAGCAACACUCACCAGACCAUCAAAACGUUCAAUCUGAUGAAGCAUAG